CUCGUAUACUUCGUCUGGAUAGGACUAUACAAUUUUAGUCACGCACAGCACAUAUUCGUGUCGCUCAGUGAUCGUUGAAAAAUUAGAUCCCUAAAUCAUCGGUUGAGUGUGGGAUCUAAGAAAACAUGAGAACAAUCUUUUUGCGUGUUGCGUGUAUAUAUAUCUGUGUACAUCUGCCAGAAAGCUCAUGACCUGUUUAAAGAAAUGGCAUUUGCGACAAGGAGUUUGCGGCAUUUAUAUAAAAUAUAUAAUGGAAGUACAGGCACAAUAUAUUCCACACCUCGCCUACCGAUUACUCGAAAAUCCAUUGUCCAAACAGUGCAUCUCUAUUAUUACAACACUGAGCCAAAUCGACCAAAAAUAACAGGUAGUUUAACAAAUAUACAAUCGACCGUUGGAACUGUUCAGUCCCUAGCACAGGAUGGGUUGGACAACAAAAAGAUUGGCGAAGAAGAACAGGAAGAAACAGAAAAAGAACAGAGACGCGAACAAUCAAAGAGAAUGCUUUCGUAUAGUUUCACAUUUUUUGGUGUAUUUAUAACUGUUGGCCUAUCUUACAUAGUAUACGAUCUGACAAAAACAAGAUACGACGAUGAAGGCAAUACUAUCGAAGACGAAUACUCAAAUUUACCAAUGUACGAAAGAGCGUAUAAAAGGCUUAUGAGAGAAUUUAAUUACUAUUCCAAGAUGGUUCAAGAACCUAGCAGAGAUAAGUUACUUCCAGAUCCACUUAAAUAUCCUUACAUGCAGCCCCCCUAUACCCUGGUACUGGAAUUAACGGAUUUGCUUGUCCAUCCCGACUGGACGUAUGAAACUGGCUGGAGGUUUAAAAAGCGACCUGGAGUAGAUCAAUUUUUACGAGCCGUAGCUCCCCCGCAAUUUGAAAUUGUUGUGUAUACAGCGGAACAAGGACUGACUGUAUUCCCUAUCUUGGAUAUAUUGGAUCCUAAUGGAUAUAUCAUGUACAGACUAGUGAGAGAUACAACACGUUUUGUAGAUGGCCAUCAUGUUAAAGAUUUAGAUGCCCUUAACCGUGAUCUCAGUAAAGUUAUAGUAGUCGAUUGGAAUGAAAAGAGUACAAAAUUCCAUCCUGAAAAUACUUUAAGAUUACCGCAAUGGACAGGUAACGACGAUGACACGACAUUGUAUGAUUUAGCUGCAUUCCUCAAAACUAUAUUAGCAACAAAUGUAGAUGAUGUGCGAGAUGUCCUCAAUUAUUACAGACAAUUCGAUAAUCCGUUACAAGUUUUCAGAGAGAACCAACGAAAAUUAAUGUUGCAGAUCGAAGAAGAAGAGAGUAAAGCACAACAGGAAAAUAGUAAAGUACUUACGUCAAAGUGGAAACCAUCUUUCCUUCGAAGUCGCUAAAUAAUAGAAUAUGCA